UGGUGUUUGAAGGGUGUUUGGUUGAGUUGUUGAUGGACGUCUUAAACAUAAUUUACGUGAUAUUUUUUGCAUGGUAUUGAUUUGAUGCUGAUGUUUACGAUCGAUGAUAUUAAUAAUUUCACAACGGAGUUAAAAUAAUAGUGCCAUUAGAAAUGUUUAUCUGGGAAAAUUAGUUUUUGUUCUCAUCUCGUCACGCACGUCAGUUCCCUAUGGAAAUCUGUCAAGAUCACGCACAUUGACCAUGCAAGAACGAAAUUGAUAACAGUAACAGCAGCUAAAAUCCCACCGGAUUCUGACGCGAGAUUGAUCUUAAUAUGGAGACAGUAUCGCCAGUGGCUCAGGAUGACAGUUCAGGAGCCAAUCCAAAUAGUGUCAAGAGUGAAGACAGCAGCCCACAACAUGAAAGUGGCCGGGGCUCGCCACCGCCCAACUGUGCAAUAUGUUUAGGCACCUGCAAGAACAAAUCCUUCACAGACUCAUGUCUACAUCAAUUCUGCUUUACGUGUCUUCUCACAUGGAGUAAAGUCAAAGCAGAGUGUCCCUUAUGCAAGCAGAACUUUAAAUCAAUCAUUCACAAUGUGCGUUCUAAUCAUCAAUAUGAGGAGUAUAUGGUGGAACAGAGGGAGACGGAAGAGGACACCAUCGCUAGAUUUGAUAUUGACAAUACGAUAACACAAGCCACAAGGCGCUUUAGAUACAGGACAACGCUAACACUGCCGCGUCGCGACUCGCUGGCGAUCCAGCAGCUGCUGCUGCAGGCGGCGGCGCCGCUGCCCCCGCGCGGGCCGCGGCGCCGCUCGCCCGGCUCGUUCCGGCGCACCGUGUACAGGCACAACCUGUACGCCAGGCCGCUGCCCGACUUCACCGGCCGGUUCAGGGACUGCUCGCCUCAGUUCUACAGGUACAAUGACACCCAGAUGCAUCGAUUAGUGCCUUGGCUCAAUCGAGAACUCCACUACUUAUUGAAUGAAAAUAUAGGACACAUUUCAUAUGUGAUAACACGUAUAUUAGAAUUACUUCCGCAGUACCACAUCAACUCACCAGAAUUUAGAGCCGCUGUGCAGCCUUAUUUUAGAGAUAGAACGGAACAUUUUCUCCACGAGCUAUACUGCUUCGCCUCCACACCUUACGAUAUGACGGGCUACGACCGCAACGUCCAGUACACCACAGACACCAGAAUAUCUACCAUGAUCAACGAAGUAAUUUCCAGCUCUGAAUCUGACGCCAGUGUUGAUUCAGACAUCGUUAUGGUGUCGAGUUCAGAGCCCGCGGAGGCUCCUCCCGGCCCCUCUAGAGUAGCCGGCCCUUCUAGAGUCCCACAGCCCGUUUAUCCCCAUAAUUACAUAGCGGAGCCGAGCGUGAUUCCCAUCGAGACCAUAUCGCAUUCUGAUACGGACGACGACUCAUCCGAAGUGAUGGUCGUAGGCUACAUCAAACCACCGCAAGACCGAACGCCGGAAGUCGUCGACUUGCUCGGUUCGGAUAGCGACGUGAUAGUUCAGGACACCACGCCGCCGCCGCAGCCGGCUCCCAGCGCGGAGCAGGAGCCCGGCGCGGGCUCGCUCGUCAAGCUGAUCCUCAAACGGCACAUGGCGGCCAACGAGGACUCCAGCGACAACGACAGCACGUACCGGCCGCGGCCGCGCUCGCGGCGGCGGCGGCGCUCCGGCGACACCGCCACCACCAGCGACACGUGGCGCUCCACGCCCGAGCCGCCGCGCGAGCCCUGGCUGCCGCAGCUGGCCCAACUCGGCAACUCCACCAGCGACAGCAUGUCCUCCGGAACCGCCACCACCCCCUCCUCCAAGUCGUCGAGCGAAGCCCUCUUCACCGACUACUCCAGCUCGUCCUCCCUAUCCAGUGACGACAGAAGAAGUAGACCUGUCAAAAAGAAAACUAAGAGAAAGAGCCGCAGGGAGACCGCCUCUAAAGAAAAAAAGAAAAGUAAAAAACGAACUUCGCGUCCACGUAAAGAUAAGGUUGGGGUAGAUAAAGAUAAAAAGAGUAAACGUAAAACUAGUUCGGGGAAAGGUGUUAAAUCGUCAAAGAAACAUGCUUUGCCCGAAGCUGGUGCUCCAGAAGAACGGCCGCCAGUCACGGAAGAGCAGCCUAGUACUAGUGGCACGUCUAAUAGCCAUAAAAGUCGGAGCGACCGCAAAAGAAGACGCUCGAGUCGUUCGAGCCGCGAGAAUAAAAGACUGAAAAGUGUUGUAAAUGUAAUUAAUAAGAAAACGUUAGAAGAGCCAAGUUCGAGUUCGACGUCAUUAAGUAGUGCUGUGAUUAAUCCUAACUCUACCUCUGUCAAUCCCAGCAGUACGCCUCCGUUAGACGUGGAUUUACCUGAACUGCAGUCCAGUUCUGUAGCCGUAGCAACAAAUGACUACACAGAUUCAGACUGUGAUGACCUUCCUCUGAAUUUAUCAGUGCAAAAAACAUUUCAUUACUUGUAGCCCGCCACUGCUACUGAAAUGUGAUAUGUAGAAUAAAAAAUAUUACAAGUGCCAGAAAACCAAAUCGGGAAUGCAACUGCUGGCACAGCCGUGUAUAAACAUGUUUGUAUGUUUCUUGAAUUGGAUUCGGAAUAUUUAUUGUAUUAAUUGUACAUGAUGAUCUUUUGUUUGUAUAAAAAUAUAUAUUGUACUUUCAUUUGUUGAAGUAUUUUUAUAAAUUGCGUUCACAAUAGGAAGUUUAGUUCGUAGUAAUUAUUAUAUAGCUCACUUACACCAUACCAUACCUAAGAUGUCAAGUGAGUUUCUUUUUAAGGCUGUUGAUUCUCGAUGUGUAGUUAACUCAUGGGUUAGAAAAGAGGAACUGUCGGUAGACAGUCACAUGUUGAUAUUUAUUUGGUUCGAUGAUGUUUGCUGACUUUACGGUGUGUAAGUGAGCUAGCAUAAGCGGCAUUUAAAACAGCGACCAACCCUUGUGAUUUGACGCCAUAUUUAAAUAAGGAAUACUAUUGAUUCCUAUUGUAAAAUUAUGAGAGAUAGUUGCAGUGUACAGUCUGCUUAAGUUUUAGAACAAUAUUGUCGUUUAUGAUUCCACACAGUACCAGUAGCGUGCUUAUAGGUUCUAAGGAAAUACCAACAGAUUGGUUCUGUGGUUUAUAUCUUGUAAUUUCGGCGAAAUUAAUGAUUUGUUUUAAUGUUUGUAGUGUAUUUGAAUUAUAUAAUAAUUUAAAUUGAAAUAUUGAUUACAGUUUAUUAAUGAACCAGGCAUACCUUUUAUUAUUUGUUAGCAUAAUUUUUGCCACUAGCCAAUCAUGAAAUUGGCUAUCAAAAGUUAUAUUUAAAUUACCUCCAGAGUGGAUUAACGAAUAGAAGAAGGGGAAUAGUCUCCGGUCUGUGUACUUAUUAAAACAGUUAAAAGACGUGCACAGGAUGGCGAAAGAAGCGGCAUGCGGCGGCAAGCGAAUAUAAAAAGUGAUAAAUAUAUAUAUACGGGACAAACUACACAGACUGAGUUAGCAUCAAAGUAAGUUUGAAACUUGUGUAACGAGAUACUUACUCAACGAUACUAUAUUUUACUGAUAAUUAAUACUUAUAUGGAUAAACAUCCAAGACCCAGGCCAAUAAGAAAAAGUUAAUUUCUUAUAAUGAGCCCGGAUUCGAACCCGGGACCUCAAAUGUCACACUCAACGCGCACUACCGCUGCGCCAAAGAGUCCGUCGAUGACACAGUGAUUGGUUCGCCAGCGAUACUCUUCUAUAAAGCGACUGACGCUACAACUAGAAAACACGUAAUGUUUCCAGAUAGAAAUCUCAUAAAUAGUCGAUAGAAUUCAAAAAAUAAAACUGCGUGUGAUAAGUUCUUAUUUACAGGAAAUGUAGAUGUCUUCUUCCUUCUGGCGUCAGACCCGGUUACUUCGUCACCACUCCGGAGAGGAGCCCGGGGUUCGCCUUUAACCAUAUAUCCGGAAUUGGGUUAGUCAGGUUUUUACACGAAGCGAAUCUCGUCUGACCUCCACAACCUUUGCAGGGGAACCUAAGUCACGCCGGUUUCCUCACGAUGAUUUCCCUCAUUUUAGUGAGCAUCGGUUAACUCAAACUAAUGUACAUAAAUCCUAUGUAGAUGAGUCUUUGGUGGGACGUGGCCGAGGUAGGAUUUGAACCAUACUCAUUACUUGCACAUUUUACCAUUUUACCAAGGCGGGUUCUAAAUAUUGUUUUAAUUCUACUUAUGUUGUAUACUUAAAAUUGUGAAAACAUUUUAUAUUUAUUGCCAAAAAAUUUUAAAGGCAUGCCUUGUGUUCACAAUGUACUACGACAAAUGUAAAGUGUUUCUAGCCUUUUUUUUUGUUUCUUCCUUGCAUAUUUUUCUGUUUAUUGAAAGACUUAUUUUAAAUGUAAAUAUGAAUUAAAAUACAUUGUACAGCCAAAAGCACAUUAACAAAAUCAAAUCUUAAAUAUUUAUACAAAAAAGGCUUCAUAGAAAAGGAUUAUACUUUUCUGAUUAUCGUUGAGGUAGGUAACCUUUCUAGACCAGUGGUACCUACAUUACAAAUCAGUCCAUAUAAAUUAUCAUAUGUAUCUGCUUUGGGUAAAUUAGAUUCGAAGAAAUGCUUUAUGCAAUUGACUGUACGAUAUAUGAAUGGUUUGUUGUAGGCUUCCUUUUUGUAACCAAUCAUGAACGAAUUAUGUCCUUGAAGAACAAUAAGUACUUUAUGGCAUGUUACCGUGGCUGGAAUGGUUUGUAAUAAAUGUACAAUAUUCAAUAAUACUGUCUCUCAUUUACAAACCCCAAUUGGAAAUACUGUCAUUUGCGUAAUGGAAAUAAGAAAUAAAAGUAAAUAUUUAUAUAUUAUUGCAAUAUAUUUUCUCUUUUUUUCCAUAAAAUAUAACUUACAAUUCGUCGAAUACAGAACUUGAUUGGUAAUCGUAUUUAAAUAUUGUACAUACGAAUACAACUUGACAAAAAGGGGACUGAAGUGGUGCAGAUUGAACUUAAUUUAAAAAAGUAAUAAUGUCAUAGACAAUUAAAAAAGAAAUAAGAAAGAAAUGAGUAUAAGCAAGUGGAAACAUGAAAUCUUUAUCGUAUAACCCCGAAAUAAUGUAUAAAUUUUAUUUUCGUUUAAUAAGACCAUAUCAGUUUGAGGCACGUUUUGCCAAGCUGUACAUCUUAUUUAUUUUUUAAAACCAUUAUUAUUUAUUAAUUAUAAUUCGAAAUCAAGUUCUAUACAUCGGCAUAUCUUACAAUGUUAGGUAACAAUACACAUUAUAUGCGAUGGUAACGCGUUUACACGUUAUGGCUACAGAUGUACUUUGUGCUGUCUUCAUAUACCUAGUUGAUAAAAGCGAUUUUAUCUCGGGAGAAAUUAAAACACAUGAAUAUUAAAUAAUUAUGCGAUUUGAAAAAAAGUAAAACUUAUUAUUUUGAUUAUACAUUCACGCAUCACUUGUUCAGUAAUGUGUAAAAUUACUAUUAUAGAAAAUAUCAUAACAUUCACAUUAGUAAAAUUGCAAUUAUGGGCCUGAUCUUAGUUUUAGAACUUAUAAAUAAAAUUGUUUCCUUUAAAUUAAAUCAAAAUUUAACUUACAAUAUGUCAAAGCUUUCAAUCCACUGCGUUAACAUUAGACAUUUUAAAAAAUCCAGUUAUUACAAUGCAGGCACUUAAUAACGUAAAUCGCCAGGUAUAUUAUUUUCUUCCUCCAAGAUUAAAGCGCUUAAUUAUAUAACAUGAUAAGGCAACAACAUUGCGGGGUAAUAAGGCGGUUUACAAACUAUUCCACCUCUUACUUAAUUUUAUUAAGCAAUCUUUCUAUUACUGGUGUGCUACACACGUCAAUCACAAAUAAGGUCCACACUAGAUAAAUCUCCUAAGCUUCAUAAACAUGAUAAAAAUUUUGUACAUACAUAAUUCUAUUCAACACACAAACAUAUAGCUCACGCGAAAAA